AUGAGCUGCUGCUGCUCCCCUUGCUGCUCCCCUUGCUGCCAGCCAACUUGCUGUCAGACCACCUGUUAUAGGACCACCUGCUGCCAGCCCACCUGCUGUGGGUCCAGCUGCUGCCAGCCUUGCUGCCAUCCAUCCUGCUGUGGCUCCAGCUGCUGCCGGCCUUGCUGCUGCCCCAGUUGCUGCUACACAACCUGCUGCCGGCCAGCUUGCAGUGGCCCCGUGUACUGCUCGAGAACCUGCUACCAACCAACGUGCUGCUGUGUGCCCGGUUGCCUAGCCAAUAGCUGUGGAACCAGCUGCUGCCAGCCUUGCUGCCACAACACCUGCUGUGGGUCCAGCUGCUGCCAGCCUUGCUGCCGUCCAUCCUGUUGUGGGGCCUGCUGCUGCCAGCCUUGCUGCCAGCCUACCUGCUGUGGAACCAGCUGCUGCCAGCCUUGCUGCCGCCCAGUCUGCUGUCAGACCACCUGCUGUAGGACCACCUGCUGCCGCCCCAGCUGCUGCUGCAGCCCUUGCUGUGUUUCCAGCUGCUGCCGCCCUUCCUGGUGCUGA